CCAACUGCUGGCUAGUCUCAGCUUACAGCUUCAUAGUACUUCAGGUGUUCAGUUACCUCCAUCCGUAUCCAUCAGAUCGCAAUGUUUGCCACCCACUGGGCGCUGUUUGCGCCGCUGCUAGCGAGCUACCUUUGCCUGCUAUCCCUGGCCGAUGGGCAAUGCGAUGAGCGCUGUGUGCGCAGCCCCACGGGGCAGCUGUAUCGCUUUAUACCCGUACGCUUGUAUACGCCGGAACAGCUGGGGGAGAGUGUGGAGCUGCUGCGUCAGCCACGUCAACAGCAAAUUGUGCAGGAAGUGAAUGUGGAGAACAACUUUGGUUUGCCGGGCAGAGGCGGCUUUGGUGGCCCACCGUUUGGCGGACCGUCGUUUGGCAGGCCUCCAUUUGGGGGCGGACCUGGCUUUGGCCGUGGCGGCUUUGGACGUGGGGACUUUGGACGGGGUGGCGGCUUUGGCGGUGGCUUUAGCGGUGGCUUUGGCGGUGGUUUCCGUGGCGGUUUCGGACGUAGCUACAAUGCAGAGGAACCAGAAGAGAAGCCACAGCAACAGCAACCAGCUCCAGUUUCGUAUGCUGCGCCCAGCGUUCCAUCCCCGCCCUGUGCCAAGAAUUAUGUCUUCUCCUGUGAGCCGGUGCUGAAGCCAGUGCCCUGUGGCAGUGCAGCGCCAGCUGGCGGUGGUGGAUAUUGAGAGACCAAAGGACUGAUAUUGAUAUCUAAAAAUAAAACCAGAAAAUUAAGAAUUACA